UUCUGUACUAGAGAUGCUGAGACAGACUAUCAGAAUAGGCAAAUAAAAACAUUCCUGAUGCACAUGUCUGCUUAGUCACGUGCGAAACGUGCAGCGUUGCGCGAGAUCCGACUUCUUUUUACCAGGUAUUUGUCGGCAUCCACUUGCAGAAUGGAAACAGGGUGAACAUAAGAAACAAGGCAAUAUAGAUCCAUAGGCGCGGAGUGAAACUUGGUGUUGCAGCUGUUGCUCUCAUUGCAUCAGGUUAAAGUUAAACUCUACUGACGCGAACGCGCCAGUAGCCUACUCAUUGCCGUUCCCGUCAUUUAUUAUUCAAUCUCACGCAUGCAUUAAAGCGCACAUGGGUGCAUGCACACGAAGACUCAGCGGAUUGUAUCAAACCAAUCCUAAUGUGUCAGAUCUGUCCCAGCAACGCUCUCUGACUCCUGACACGCAGCAAUCGACGAUCAUGGCCUCUAAUAUCGGCAAUGAUUUCACAGAGCUGCGCUAUUUCCAUCAUUAAUGUCACGUUAAAAGACCCUCCGGCAUUUAGUUUGUGUCCUCGCGCUGCGUAAAUGAUCAGAAAAACGUACGGAAUCGUUAAAGCUGUUCUGCAGAUGCGCUGUAAGGACUGCGGAUCUUUCUUAAGCCUUUGAUUGCAAAAAAUAGCUGUGCAAUAUUCCAGGCGGUGACUCAGUGGGAAGAGGGCUUUGUAAAGACUGCUUCAAGGUGAUUUUGGAAAGGACUCGAGUCGUCGGGAUUUCUUGUGGAUUCAUCAUUUCCGGAAUGAUGUGGGGUGGAAGAGAACCAGCCUGGCUCUGGAUUUGGGCCUGUUUACUGGUGACUAAUGUACUAGCUGGAAAAAGCUCUAAUCAGAAUACAGAUGAGCAGAAAGACAACACCACGGUUUUCACCAGGAUUCUGGACAGCCUCCUCGAUGGCUAUGACAACCGUCUAAGGCCCGGUCUUGGAGAGCGCGUAACAGAAGUCAAGACUGAUAUUUUUGUGACGAGCAUCGGGCCGGUGUCAGACCAUGACAUGGAGUACACCAUAGAUGUGUUCUUCAGACAGAGCUGGAAGGAUGAGAGGUUAAAGUUCAAAGGUCCCAUGGCUGUGCUUCGUCUUAACAACCUGAUGGCCAGCAAAAUAUGGACCCCCGACACAUUUUUUCACAACGGCAAGAAGUCAGUGGCCCAUAAUAUGACCAUGCCCAACAAACUCCUGCGGAUCACAGAAGAGGGCACUCUGCUCUACACCAUGAGGCUUACAGUCCGAGCUGAAUGCCCCAUGCACUUAGAGGACUUCCCGAUGGACGCCCAUGCUUGCCCUCUCAAAUUUGGCAGCUAUGCCUACACAAGGGCUGAAGUGGUGUACGUGUGGACACGAGGGGCAGCGCAGUCUGUGGUGGUGGCUGACGAUGGCUCCCGACUCAACCAGUAUGAUUUGAUGGGACAGACUGUAGACUCGGGUGUGGUACUAUCUAGUACUGGAGAGUAUGUUGUCAUGACAACACAUUUCCACCUCAAGAGGAAGAUCGGAUACUUCGUCAUCCAGACGUAUUUGCCAUGUAUUAUGACAGUGAUUCUCUCCCAGGUGUCCUUCUGGCUAAACAGAGAAUCUGUCCCUGCCAGAACUGUGUUUGGAGUGACCACUGUUCUGACCAUGACAACCCUGAGUAUCAGCGCUAGAAAUUCUCUCCCAAAAGUGGCCUACGCCACAGCCAUGGACUGGUUCAUUGCCGUAUGCUACGCCUUUGUCUUCUCGGCUCUCAUUGAGUUUGCCACGGUAAACUACUUCACAAAGAGGGGUUACGCCUGGGAUGGAAAAAGUGUGGUGCCAGAAAAGCAAAAGAAGAAGAAGGAGUCCUUAUUGAAGAAGAACAACACCUACACCGCUGCAACGGCCACAUCUUUUGCCCCUAACAUUGCCAGAGACCCUGGCUUGGCAACUAUUGCUAAAAGUGCCCCCCCUCCCCCAACCGAACCCAAGGAAGAGCCCAAACCCAAGCCACCCGAGGCCAAGAAGACCUUCAACAGCGUGAGCAAGAUUGAUAGGAUUGCCAGAAUAGCCUUUCCACUGCUCUUCGGAACCUUUAACCUGGUGUACUGGGCGACUUACUUGAAUAAAAAGCCCAAAAUACAGGGUGCCCUACAACCCCACUAAUUCUAUAUCAUGUUCUUUGUUUUAUUUCAUUGGUUCAUCUGCUGUCUUUACAGUUACAAAAAAAGUAAAAGGAAACUAUCUGUCACAAAUUUGUUUCAAUGAUAGUCAAGCUCCCAUUCUGAAAUUGUGUCAACAUAUGUAACAUAUCUUCCUAAAUGAAAAAGAGGGGGUCUGCGUUAUAACCAUUGUAUUGAAAGGGAACUCUUACUAUAUAAUAUACACACAGACACAACACAGUAUAUACUAUUUGAGAAAAUGCACAUUAAAAUUGUUAAUGUUUACCUAUACUCAUGUCAUUCUAAACCUGUAUAUUGUAUUUUCUUGAAACACACGAAAAUGAUCGCAUUUACUUAGCUAGUUUUGUAGUGAACACUUCUUACCUUCAAGUCAAUUCACAAAAAAUUUCCUUUGUAAUGUAUCGUAACUCACGGUUCACACGAACUCCAAAAUGGAUGAAAAAUACAAAGCAGCAUUAAAGUUGUGACUUCAUUGUAUUAGAAAUCCUUUGGGAGCUUGACAUCAUUAGUCACACUGAACUGUCGUUGUAUAAAAAGAGCUGCAAACAGACUUCUCACCCAACUGCACUCAUGCUUCAUAGAAAAAUAACAGCAUAUGGCUUUGGAAUGACAUGAAGGUAGAUGACUGAACUAUUUCUUGCAUUUGUUGCUCUUAACAUCAAACGAAGAUUUUGCGGUAUAUGAGUUUAUGUAUUCAACUCGUUGAGUUUGCAUGGGGAAGCUUAUCCGUUUCUGUACCCUAUCAACAGCUUGAUUUGAAACGAUGCUACCUACAAUCACAGUCACGUGAUUACUUAGACUGUAUUUUCUUUGUUCUGGAUAUUAUUUUAUCCUUUAUUCUUAUAUAGGAUUCCAUUAACAGCAAUAAAGCGUCUUGGUGGGAUAAAAGAAUCAUUUACUCAUGAAUAUAAAAAAUGUAGAGAAAUUCAUAGACUAUUGUGUAUAUCAUAAAGCAUAGUAUUUAUUUAGUUUUUAUGUAAAUAUAUAAAGUGUUAGAGAUGUCAGUAUAAUUUUGAGCUUUGCUAAUUGUAACUACAAGGCACAAACUCAGUGCUUAACACACACAUACACACACUCGGAAAGAGAGAGAGAGAGACGGUUGUGUUUCAAGUUGUGCAACACAUUCGGGUAUAUACUGUAAAUGAUCUCUUAAUCCACUAGACACGAGUUUUGGAUUUACCUUUUGAUGAUUAAGUGUGUGCAAAUAUACGUAAAUAAAAACCAGUAUGUUUGUACAUUUGCACACACGACACAUUUUGAGGAUGGACUGCAGUAGACACUUAGAAAGAAUGUAAACUAUUGUCUUGAUGUUGGAAUGCGAUUUUAUAUAUUUAGCAUUAAAUUCUUCUUUAUUCUGUAUGUUGGUUAAUGGUUUUUGUGACAGACUUUACGGUUGGUGCACACAUGAUAUGAAGACUAGGGUUAUGUGACUAGGCGUCACAUUCAAUCGAGAGUUUAAGAAGGUCAAGAGUGCCUUGUCUAUAUUUGCAAAUUGAAAAGGUACCUACAGUAUAAGGCGCUCUGAUCUCAGAUCCUUGUUUGCUUGGUUAUCUGGGCAGUCGUUCAAAAACAUCACUCAGAAAAUCAGCUACACUGCCUUUUGUCUCACAUGCCAUUAGAAAGUAAACAUAUUUCAUUGCAGACAAAUCUGUCACUCCUUGUUGAAGAAAACGUGUCAAAAUAAUAUUAGCCAGGUGGGCGAAUACACUGUUCCACACACAUACGUCUUGUAGUGCUAUAACAAUGCCAAAUUUCUUUGUUUGUGGCAUGAUGUCAGUCGCUCUAUAAGCACCCAUUGAAAAGAAACCAAACUUGUAAAGUAUACCUGUCUAUUUUUGGACCUUUGAGGGACAAGAAGUUGAUUUUAAAUGAGGGACUUUAACAUUACAUACAUUACUUUGAUGUAGCAAUAUAGAUUAGUAAGGGCUUUUGUGGUCGAAACGAUAAGAGGCACGACAUUUUGGUGAACUUCCAUUAUUAUUUCAUGUAUGCCUAAAACAUAUGAAGCUUUUGUUCUUUCCAGUGUCCCAAUGUUUUACCCAAUUUGUUCGGUUUCUACUGUGUUUACAUAGCUUUUUCUUUUUAAAGUUAACACAAAAUGUUGGGAUAUGUCAUUGGAUGUGGAUGUUUCUGGCACAUCAUCUGGUGUAUACGAUAUAUAUAAAUAUUUUAUUUGAGUCUUUGAUCAUGACAAAGACCUAUUUUGGAUAGUGUUGGGGAUUGUGUUGACUGAUCACUGAUUGUGAUCAACAGUAUGCACAUUAAUGGGUUCUUUUGGAGCCAGACUUCAGUGAAGGCAGUACAGUUAAAAAUAUAUUGGGAUUUCAACUCAAGAAAGAGAGAGAGAGAAAAUAUACUGCAUUUAUAUUUUUAAUUCUUUUUUUUUAAGACAAAACUAUUCAUUUGUACCUCUUGUUAUGCAUUUUGCACAUAAAGGCAUAUUUGACAUUUAUGUAGUCAGCUUUGUGCUAUGCAAGAAUAGCUUUGACACAUUAUUUGCCUCUCAUUCUGUAACAUUUUAAAAAAUAUUGUAGAAAGAUGGUCAACUUUGCACCUUACUUUGCCAUUAAAAAAUAGAAAUGUGUUUUCUUCAAGAUUGGUGGUACAGGCAUGACAUAAUCCAUUUAAGUGACAUGGCAUUAUGGCAAUAAAAUAAAGACUGAAACAAAAAUAAUUCAGUUAUUAUUCUAUUCUAUUCUAGCUUGUAGUUCUUCUGUUUUCCACAAUAAUUAAUAAAUUAAUUCUAAUUGAAUGAAUAAUAUUUUAUAUGCAUCUAAUAUUUUAAUCAUCUAUGUUAUAAGUAAAGCAUUUACAAUUAAUAGUUUUAUUUUUAUGGCAGAUUAUAGCACUUCAUAUGCAUACCAGAUUAUGAGAGUGAAUUAACUUUUGGAUUUUCCUUACAUUAAACAAAAAAAUGAAAUGAUGAAUGAAUGCUUGGAAAAAUUUCAGUGAACUAACUCAUCUUAAAGGAAGAAUAUGUGUGAAGAUAUGACAGACACAAAUAGAAACACAGAAAGUCCAGAGGUCAAAUAUGAUUUAUGCUGUUUUGUACACUAGGAAAUGGCUAUCGUCUUUGUAAAUGUUUGCUUUCUUAAUGUUAUGGCCCUGUAGAAUUUGAUUCUUUUCAUUAGUCAUAAAAUAAAAGGAAAUUGAAUAAUGUCAAAUUACA